CCUAAACCUUUACUCCAAGUAAUUGAAUAAAAUGUUUUACUACCCAAAUGUUCUCCAACGCCACUCUGGAUGUUUUUCUACAAUCUGGUUAGCAGCCACCAGAGGAAUCAGGGUCACUCGCAGAGACCUCCUCAAAGUCAAUGUCAACCGAACAUGCGGGGACAUUUUGGACUAUGUGACAGCUCAGGUUCUUCCACCGCAGCCCAACCUGCCAAGGCCUCGGUUCUCUCUCUACCUGUCCUCUCAGCUGCAGUACGGAGUGGUUGUCGUCUACCACAAGCAGUGUGGCUUCCUGCUCGAGGAGGUUCAACAGACCAUUGACCGUCUUCUGCGCUCUAAAAGAUGCAUAUAUAUUGACAUGGCUGAGUCUGAAAGGAUGACCUUAAAUGUGCCUGACAGCAUGUACAUGAUGGAGGAGGCUGAGGGAGCUCAGGACCCCUUCUUCGGUCUCAUGGAACGACACCAGCUGCCCAGCCCUUAUAAAAUACACCAGCAAAUGCUGGUCCUUGAGGCGACAGGUUCACAGCACUCCCUGGUGCCCAGUCCCCACAGCACACUCCACAUCCAUGGUUUCAGGUCACCUCCAGCUGCCAUCUCCCUGACAGAGAAGGAGCAGUUUGUCAUCACCGCUGCUGAGCAGUAUUUUGAGGGAGACGACCUUCCUGAAGCCACAGCCAGAGAGAUUGACUUGUUGAUGGAUCAACCAGACCAUUUCCGUAAAGAAGUGAAAGGGCAGCAGACAAACGAGAGCACCAGGGAGCGUGAAGGAGACAUGUCCUCUAUUGACCAGCUGAAGGAGACGGUGCUGGGUGCGGAGCGGGACAGUGUGUGGCUGCUAGACGAGGACUCGGGUCACCCUGUGGAGGCUCCUCAGGCAGCUGUUGCCCUAGAGAUGACCCCACUGCGGGUUGCCAUGCCAACUCCACCCUCCGGAGCAUCGGGGAAAGAGGGAGACACAGAAAGUCCCCAUGAAGAGGUGGUGGCUCCUCCUCUCAGGAAGCCAGGUGGAGGACGCAGGCGUCAGCUGGUCUUUGCGGACCCUCAUGUCCAGAUAUCUGAAAGAGCGAUGAAGGAACAGAUCGUAAACCCGCUGGCCGAGACACUGGAGCUGUCCCAGGUUUUGCUGGACUUGCCCUCCUUGACCAGGCGUGCCAAUCCUGUCCAGCUCUUUGCUGCCCCCUGUGGAUCCCUCCUCCAUUCUGACCUCCAGUCUCUGUGGAGACAGUGCGCCUCGCUCACCGCCCAGCCUGGACAUGAGGGGGAAAAGAGCGGGGAGGAGGAAGAGGAAGAGGAGUCCCAGCGGGACAGAGAAAUACUGAGGACGGAGAGGAAGAGGAGGCAGUCGAGCAUGAGGGAGAUAUCCAGUGAGUCAGGGCUGCAACCCGCUGAGGGCUCAUCUGUAGUGGAUGCGUUCCUGGACAUGUCCAAAGAAGACAAAUCCGUAAGCGAUGUGAUAACUCCCGUCAGCAGAUGGUCUCCACAAGAUGAGGCCCAGCGAGGAAUGGAGCCCAUAGCGGAGGAGAAUAUUGAGAUGCCCGAGGCUCAGACUGACGCGGAGAACAGGGACAUGCUGAGUUGGAUCUCCUCCAGCCUCCAGAGGUUUGGAGAAAUCACCUUUGACUCUCUGGUGCCCCCAGAGGCCGACCGGACCACUGCAGCUCACACGCUCUACAAACUGCUGGAGCUGCUGUCUGCUCGACAGGUGACUGUACAACAGACUGAACCCUUCAGUGACAUCACCAUAAACCUUGCAGCGCUCAGGAUGACCGCCUGAACAUACACACAUACAUUUACUCACACUAAAAUGCCAUAGAGGUAAAGUUAAUGUGUUUUUUUUAAUUGAUGAAUAUAUUGAAUGAACUGACCUUUUACAGCUUUUAGCAACACAUGAGAUUGUGGAAAACAGAUCACACCGGUUAAAUGUUUUUAUAUGACUUGUAAAUUACUCAGAGGGGUGAUUAUUGAACUGCAUUAUAUUUGCAAGUGUUUUAACGAUUUUUAACCAUCUUAAUCUGGUUUUAAUUUGUUCAUAUGGUUGUAUUUUUAAAUAUUUAUACCCACUGAGUUCAUUAGUGU